GAUUUCCAUUUGCCUCAGACUGCCCUUAUAUGCGAGCUUAAUUUUCUUGUUUGGCAGCUUGCAGCAUUAAUUUCAUCAUUCCGGAUUUAAACUCAAUUUCUCUCCUCAUCACCAUUCCACACCUUUUACCCGGCGGUGCACUUAGGUCCGAUAGACAUAUAAAUAGACAAAGCUUUCGUCUUGCUUUCACUCUCUUUUACGCAAACAGCAAUCAAUUCAAGACUCACAACUAUAGACAAUCAUGUCGCCCGCACCAAUCGCAUCAACGUCAGUCACUCCAACACCUGGCAAAGCUCAUGCAGGUCAUAAUCAACAUGGCUUCGCAACAAAGGCUAUUCAUAUUGGUUCAGAGCCAUCAGCUGAAACAGGUGCUGUAAUCCCAGCAAUCAGCUUGAGUACAACGUUCAAACAAAAAUCCGUCGGUGAUUUCACAUAUGAAUACUCAAGAUCUGCAAAUCCCAAUCGUGAUGCAUUGGAACGUGCACUUGCAGCAUUAGAAGGAGGUCGUUAUGGAUUAGCAUUCGCUUCUGGAAGUUCAGUAACGGCAACAAUCGUUAGUGCGUUACCACCCAAAUCCCAUAUCGUCAGCGUGAAUGAUGUUUAUGGUGGCACUUAUCGUUAUUUUACCAAAGUGGCAACCGUUGCUCAAGGCAUUGAGACAACCUUCGCAGAACUUGCAAGUGCAGAUUCAGAACUCGUCGAACAAAACUUACGUAAAGCAAUGCGUCCUGAUACCAAGUUGGUUUGGAUCGAAUCUCCUACUAAUCCAACUUUGCGUUUGAUUGAUAUUCCAUUGGUUGUCAAAGUUGCCAAAUCUAUCAACCCUGAAACGACUGUCGUUGUCGAUUCAACAUUCUUGUCGCCUUGGUAUCAAAACCCACUCUCUUUAGGCGCUGACAUCGUAGCACAUUCGAUCACAAAGUACAUCAACGGUCAUUCAGACGUUGUGAUGGGCGCUUUGGUUACAAACAAUUCAGCAUGGGUUGAAAAGUUGAAAUUCUUGCAAAACAGUAUCGGUGGUGUACCUUCUGCAUUUGAUUCUUGGUUGGCUUUACGUGGAAUCAAGACAUUGGCUGUGCGAAUGCAAGAACAUGGUUCAUCUGCUUUAAUCAUUGCUAAAGAAUUGGCAAAACAUCCUGCUGUGAAAGAGGUGAUUUACCCUGGUUUACCUUCUCAUCCUUCUUUCCAACUUGCUCAACGUCAAAUCUCACCAAGAGCAUUCCAAAAAGCAAUCGCACGCGGUAAAGCAAAAGGUGACGGAGUAGAAGCAGAUGGUUUCCCAUACGGAGGAAUGGUAACAAUCCGCUUAGCUUCUGAUCCACAUGAUGAUCAACCGGCAAACAAAGUUUUGGAACGUUUGCAAAUCUUUACACUUGCUGAAAGUUUAGGUGGUGUUGAAAGUUUGGUUGAACAACCAAGCAAGAUGACACAUGCUGCCGUCUCACAAGAAGAUCGUGAUAUUUUGGGUAUCGGUCAUAAUCUCAUCCGUAUCUCUGUCGGAUUGGAAGAUGUGGAAGAUUUAUUGGCCGAUCUCGAUCAAGCUUUCCGCGCCGCCGGUUUGGCUUAGAGAAGAGAAAAGAGGGAGGAGUGAAUUUCGAUGCUUAAUCUUGUAUAUUAUACAUACAUACAUAUCCCAUAAAUCUAAUGUAGAUGCGAUUGUAAACACGCUUGCGAGAGAUUGAUAUAGCUUACAGUUCAACUUGAAUGAACGUCGUUCCACAACCAGCCCAUACAUUGACUGGCCUGGCAUAUCGAAAGGUUGGAUGAUCUACCAAAUUUUCUGAUUCGGGUGGCCAAAGCUGGAUCGGCGUAUGUCGAUCAUCUUCGUCAUUCGUUGCUAGGUUUCCAUGUUCGUUCCACCCCCAUCCUAUCACGCGAGCCUGUGGAGGAGAAGUAUGGGAGACCAACAGAAGUGCUACA